AUUGAAAUCGCUGGUUAUUACCCUGACUGGCAUGAAAGAAGGAAAUUUCCUAAUAAUGAAGUUAAAAGAUCUAUUGAUGGACCAGAAGACGCUGAAGAAUUUUCAAUUGUUCUGCUUGGGUUUAAAAAUACAUUUAAACGUAAGCCUCCUUUUAUUCAAGAAGAAAUUAAACAAGAGUUCUAUCGUUGGAUUAGUUCCACUGGAAUUAAUGAAUAUAAUUGUCCUGAAAGAUUACAACAUAUUUUGUUUGGGUUUAAUGAAAUAUUGGAAGGUAGAAGUAAAAAGUUCGAUAAAGAUUUAAAAAAUAGCAAGCAAACUCUUGAUCAUAAUUCUCCUGAAUAUGCUAGAGAAUUAAACAAAAUGUUUGUUGCUGUUCAAGCUCCAUUACGAAAUCAAAGAAAAGUAGCUGAGUCUCUUGAAGGCAAAAAACAUGAUGAAAAUGAUAUUAAAAAUAAGUUUACCGGUAACACUGAACAAAGUCAAGGAGUUCUUCAUAAAUUUGCUAGUGCAGUUAGCUAUGUUCAUGAAAAGUUUCAUUUUUUUCCGCAAGAGGACCGAAAAGAG